AUGGAUUUACCGUUAACACACAAGUUCCAAGGGCUCAUAGUCUUCAUCCACGGCACACCCUGGUCCUCGGUCGUUUUUAAGCCCAUCGUUGAAGCACUUCUAGCAAAAGGCUUCUAUGAGAUUCUCGUCUACGACCUCCCCGGCUACGGACAAUCCCAAUCCUACACCCCCUCCGCCGCCGCACCACCCACCUCCAAAGCCUCCUUCCCCGGCGACACAUCCGUGAAAUUCCAAGCCACAGCCCUCGCAGACCUACUCAAAGGCCUACACCUAGAUGGCAAAGGCCGCAACCCCGCACCCGCCACAGUGAUCGCGCACGAUAUAGCCGGCACGAUCGCCCUGCGCAUCUCCUGCACGAUUGCAACUUCGCCUCCUUGCUAA